AUGGCUCUCGGGCUGCUCAUAGCCGUGCCCCUGCUGCUGCAGGCGGCGCCCCCCGGCGCGGCGCACUACGAGAUGAUGGGCACCUGCCGCAUGAUCUGCGACCCGUACAGCGCCGUGCCCGGAGGGGGACCCGCGGGCGCCAAGGCUCCGCCGCCCGGACCCAGCACCGCUGCGCUGGAAGUCAUGCAGGACCUCAGCGCCAACCCUCCACCUCCCUUCAUCCAGGGACCCAAGGGAGACCCGGGACGACCCGGCAAGCCCGGUCCAAGGGGUCCCCCCGGAGAGCCGGGUCCUCCUGGGCCUAGGGGUCCCCCGGGAGAAAAGGGAGAUACGGGACGACCGGGGCUGCCCGGGCUGCAGUUGACCACCAGUGCGGCCGGCGGCGUGGGAGUGGUGGGCGGCGGAGCCGGGGGUGGCGGCGACUCGGAGGGCGAAGUGACCAGCGCGCUGAGCGCAGCCUUCAGCGGCCCAAAGAUCGCCUUCUACGUGGGACUCAAGAGCCCCCACGAAGGGUACGAGGUGCUCAAGUUCGACGACGUGGUCACCAACCUCGGCAAUCACUACGACCCCGCCACGGGCAAGUUCAGCUGCCAAGUGCGCGGCAUUUACUUCUUCACCUACCACAUCCUCAUGCGCGGCGGGGACGGCACCAGCAUGUGGGCGGACCUCUGCAAGAACGGGCAGGUCCGAGCCAGUGCCAUCGCCCAGGAUGCGGACCAGAACUAUGACUACGCCAGCAACAGCGUGGUGCUGCACCUGGAUUCAGGCGACGAAGUGUACGUGAAGCUGGACGGCGGGAAGGCGCACGGGGGCAACAACAACAAGUACAGCACGUUCUCGGGCUUCCUUCUGUACCCGGAUUAGGGGCGCAGAAGGCACGAGGUGGGGCAGGCUUCAGGCCUCCCCUGUUCCUCUGGCGGGGCGCGUGAGGCCCUUAGGCGGGAGCCACUCUCUGCUUCAUGACACUUCCUGGCAUCUCCGUCGGAAAAGAUACAUCCCUGCUGUCCUCUUCGUCCUGCACCCUUAAGCCUCAGUGUGUUUGUGACUCUGCCACGCUGCAGCGGGCUGUGCCCCUGGUCCUCGUGCCCAACCCAGGCAGGGAGAAAGGGCACCUAAGGCAGAGUGGGAACCCAAGCCCUCUCGCUGGGUUGGGGGUGGGGCAGCGCAGACAUUGCAAACCAGAUCGGACUGGACAGGCGUCCCCCUGGAGGCCUGAGGUCUCCCUGAGCUCCUCUUCCUCCCAGGGUUCCUAGGCCGAGUGCUCCGGGCCACACCAGGGAAAGCCAGGCCACAGCGAGCACUGCUCCCGGAGGCCUCCCUUUGUGUGACCCGGAAUACUUGUGCAGAUUUCGAUGACCAUCAGCCCCCAAGCCCCAUCCUUAGCAGAAUUCCAGGCAACAGAAAAUUCACCUCGCCACACACCCAGCCGCACUCCUUCCCAGGUCAGAGCCUCUGUGAUGCAUUAAAUUAUGUUUUUAGACUAUGGGCUCCUGUGGUCUUUAUCAAUGUGGUGAUCCCUACACGGGGACUUCCCGUGCCCACUCUGGAAAAGAUCUAACCUGGGGCCUCGGU